AUGGCUCCGCAGCCAUGGUUCCUGAGAGGCGUUGAGGGGAAGUCGAUGACAGCGAAUGAGCGAUCGGCCAAGCCAAGCCACAAAGCCACAAUACCCCUGUACUGCUGGACGCCAUCGUCUAAGCGAUCCGCCUAG